UACAUUCUCUAACUACCUUCUUUUUUUACAUAAUCUUGAUGGCUUGGAGACAAUUUCUUUAAUAUCUAAAUGUAUUAUUAUAUCUAAACAACAACCAUUCGUGUCGUAUGUGAGAAUCGACAAAGAAGCUAAUUAAAAAACUCUCAACAUCCAAAUCCUCCAAGUCAUAAAAAAAAGCUAAUGAAGGUUUUUAAAGGAGUUGUCAGUCUUCGAGAAACUACAAAGGGAACUAGAAGAGCUAACUACAAGUCUUUAGAAGAGUGAGGAAAAGUCUUUAAGAAGCCACAACAAAAGAUUAGUCCCUUCCCCAAAUGUGAGUGUCUAAUCGACAAAAAAGACUAGUCCCUCCCUUGGAGGUGAGAGUCUUCUAGAUCAACAAGAAAAACCAAUCCCUCCCCCAAAAGUGAGAAAAGUCUCCCAAACCGAAAAAAAAAGACUAAGCCCUCACUCAAAAAGCCUUUCAGGAAGCGAGACACCCAUACUGACUCUAUGUAAAGCGUCAUCAAUCGAGUCAAGCUCUACAACACCAACAAAUCAGUGCAAAAACAAAAUAACGAUGGCACGAACAAGAUGAAUUGUAGUUGGAAAUCAAAAAAGUCAGGAAGGACCUAAAGUCCAAUCCCUAUGAAAAUCCUCAAAGAUUGAAGAGGCCCUUUUGUCCGGUCUCCCAAGAACCUAGUCUCCUGGAAACACUUAAAGGCCCCGAGAGACCCUUUCACCUAGUCUCCCAGGGACUUUCGGGUCCGCUCCCCCCACAAUACCUCUCACCAACUAUGAAGCUCUUCAAAGGCAACAUGAGGAGAGGGUGCAAGCUCUCAAGGAGAUGGCAUGUUUAUCGUAGAAUAUCAUACGUCGAAAGAUUUAUGACAAGCAAUCAAAAGAGGAGAUUUAUUAAACUCAAGCAUCAUUUUAUUCAUGAUUUAGUUAACAAAGGAGAGAUUUGAUUGGAGUUUAUCCAGACAAAUGAGCAACCUACAUAUGUACGCACCUAAGCCUAACAAAGGAAAAACUUGAACGAUUUAAGGAGCAAUUGAAAAUUACAAAUUAAGAGUGGUUGUUGGAAAUGUAAUUUGCAAUUUUUUAGAAGCAUUAAAGAUGUAGAUGAAUAAGAAUGACUUUGAUUCUGUAUAAGGAAGCUUAAAUGUCUUUCUAGAAUUUUCUAACAUCAAGUAUAAAAGAAAUACAUUUGGUUCAAUAUUAAUUAAUGAAAUAUCCACCUAAAAAUUCAAGAAAAACAACUCUCUAAUGUGUAACUCUGCAAAACCAUCGACUUAAUUCUUCUUUUUCUUCAUUCUAAACCCAUCAGAAAUAUUCUAGUAGUACAACAAUAUUUUUUUCAAGAAAAAUCUAACUUAUAAUGACAUAAUAAACAAGAAGAUACUCAGAAUUUAUUACAUUCGGCUGGCCUUCUCGUAACAUCAUUACUUUUAACUUGCAAGCUUAAUUUAAAAGAAAUAAAUUGAGAAAGACCACAUAAAGCCGACCAUGUGAACAUAAUGGUCAAGUACAUAUGUUGUUCCAAAAUGGGAAUGAUUGCUCAAUAGGAUAUAUAGAUCUUAACUAAUAAAAACUAGCAAGAACGUUUACCAGCCUAAGAAUUCCAGAAUACGCUCAUUAGGGGCUGAAUUUUGCAAUCCAGAGAAUUGAAAAUGGUUUAGUCACACUCAGCGACUGACUCAACUCCCUUUGUUGACAGGCACUACCUUAAGAAUAUGAUUGAGAAAUUUGAAAUCAAAAUUGAAAACCAGGGAAGACUAUGUGGACUUUCAUGCUCAUGCUUACAAGUGGGCACCGCUCUCUCCGGUUAAGGCAUAGACUCUUCAACAUCCCCUUUAUCAGUUGGUGAGAAGAAGAUUUCUUGUGCUUUGAAGAAGGUUCCACCAGCUUAGUUUCAAUGGAAGUUUUGUUUUUUAUCAGAUAAAAUUCAUUGUUGACAAAUUUAACAUAUAUUAAAUUGCAACUUGGUUUCUGGAAACAAAGUUGAGAAGCACUAUACGAGGUUGGCCAUGCAAACUUUAAACAAUGGGAAUUUUAAAACAUUUUAAGUCAGACUAUAAUUUCUUGUUUCUAACAUGACAUGCAAUGCAUGUUGAAAUGAAGAAGAAAACCAUCACAAGUGAGGGGUGAUCAAUAUUCCAUCCUAGUAGUAACCACAGAACUAAGUAGUCUUUCUUCUCCUCCAACAAUUCAUCACUUAUAUGGCGGCUCUUAAACGUCUAGAAGGGUAUCGAAUUAGAGUCCAUCCUUGAAAUAUCAGAUUGGCAAGAGAGAGAGAGAGAGAGGCUUCUAAGUAAAGAAUGAGAAAUACCCAAUGCUCUUUGUGGCUCUCCACCGCUCUAAUCACUCUCUUCCCAAUCGCCGCCGUGGCCAUUGAAACCAUCACUGCCACGCAGCCUCUCUUCCCCAACCAAACCAUAGUCUCUACCGGGGAAGUUGUGGAACUAGGCUUCUUCUCCCCGAUAAAUUCAAACAAAUGGUACGUCGGGAUUUGGUAUAAGGACAGUGAUCCAGAUAGAACCGUAGUCUGGGUUGCUAAUAGAGACAACCCAUUGACGAACAAUUCAUCUAGGUCGUUGAAAAUCAGUGACGAUGGAAACCUUUUGCUGGUUGAAGAAGCUGCAAAUAUAGUAGUUUGGUCAUCGACAUCGAACCAGACGAGCUCGGCGAACACCGUCACGCAACUUCUGGAUUCGGGCAACUUAGUUGUUCAGAGAGAAAACGACGUCGAUCCGGAGAAUUAUUUGUGGCAAAGCUUUGGCUAUCCGGCAAACACUUUUUUGCAACUUAUGGUCAGUUGGGAUGCUAAAAGUGGGCUUAACAGGUACCUAGCUUUUAUUUAUGAUAAAAAAGAGAAGGGACUUCAAACCAACAAGUGUUAGUUUAUGCAUAUGAAUAUGUAUAUACGUGUUCUAUAUGUACAUAUAAAAAAAAAAGGCCUUAAAUUCACAUGUUUAAUGAACAAUCCAUGAAAAAUCCAAUGAUUCUACUAGUGUUCUAAAAGGCGCUAGGCGCUAGUCGGGUGGCAAGCUGCCGCCUAGCGCCUAGGCCGCCUAAGCAGUGCCUAGAAAUUUUAAUAUUUU